AGGAGUGAUGUCAGUGCCUACAAUCUGUGCAGCGCUGCAGAACACGUUGGCGCUAUAGAAUUGGCUCUUUGGGGGUCAGUGCCACAGACUUGUACAGGUCAGCACAGACCCAUUGCCUAUAGAAGGAUGUUUUGGCACUUCGACAAUUAUGGACGCGGUAGAGAACCGCUCGACAUUAAUAGUCGCCCCUGAAAAACACGGACACCCCGGUUUACUGCAUAGACUCUUCCGCACUGUUCACACAAACGGCACUACUCUUUAGAAACUCGGGGCCCUCCAUUGUGUAGAGAGGGGGCGCCGUACAAGCCAUUGUUCUAUACGAGGCCUCAGUUGUCCGGUGAAGCGGUCCGGUGGCAGCCCACACACCCCUAUACCACCGGAGCCGGGGCGAACGGGUAACCGCUCCCGCCGCCCAGCGCUAUCCAGUGUGCGGACUCCCCUCCCCCUUGCCUCCUCCCCUGUGGUGGCCAUGUUCCGGAGCAGCAACAGUCUGUGAGGUAGUGUGCAGCAACAGCAGCAGCAUCUGGCAGCAGGAUCGCAUGCUCUCUCCCUUCCUCCACUCUCCAGCACCCGCAGGACAGCACCAUGGCAGUAGCAGUGGGCAGCAGACAGACUUCGCCCAGCGAUGACCUCCGGAAUCUGGCCCUCUCUGGACAUGUUGGGUUUGACAGUCUUCCUGACCAGCUGGUGAACAAGUCCACCUCCCAGGGAUUCUGCUUUAAUAUACUAUGUGUUGGUGAAACGGGCAUCGGAAAGUCAACUUUAAUGGACACAAUAUUUAACACACAAUUUGAAAGUGAACCAGUUUCUCACAGUGAACCAGGAGUGCGGUUAAAAGCAAGAAGCUAUGAACUUCAGGAGAGCAAUGUUCGCCUGAAGCUAACCAUAGUGGACACUGUAGGAUUUGGAGAUCAGAUCAAUAAAGAUGAUAGCUACCGGCCUAUUGUGGAGUACAUUGAUGCACAGUUUGAGGCCUACCUACAAGAAGAACUUAAAAUCAAAAGAUCGCUUUUCAACUACCAUGACACAAGGAUUCAUGCCUGCUUAUACUUCAUUGCCCCAACUGGCCAUUCAUUAAAAUCUCUGGACCUGGUCACAAUGAAGAAGCUUGAUAGCAAGGUUAACAUUAUCCCUAUCAUUGCAAAAGCAGACACAAUUGCCAAAAAUGAACUGCACAAAUUUAAGAGCAAAAUUAUGAGUGAGCUGGUCAGCAAUGGAGUGCAGAUCUACCAGUUUCCUACCGAUGAAGAGACGGUUGCAGAGAUCAAUGCAACAAUGAGCGUACACCUUCCAUUUGCAGUUGUUGGAAGUACAGAAGAAGUCAAAAUUGGAAACAAAAUGUCAAAAGCAAGGCAGUAUCCAUGGGGUAUCGUCCAGGUUGAAAACGAAAACCACUGUGACUUUGUGAAACUGAGAGAAAUGUUGAUACGGGUAAACAUGGAGGAUUUAAGAGAGCAGACUCAUGCCCGCCAUUAUGAGCUGUACAGGCGCUGCAAACUGGAAGAAAUGGGAUUCAAAGACACAGAUCCAGACAGCAAACCCUUCAGCCUUCAGGAAACAUAUGAAGCAAAGAGGAAUGAGUUCCUUGGAGAACUACAGAAGAAGGAGGAAGAAAUGAGACAAAUGUUUGUCAUGAGAGUGAAAGAAAAGGAAGCUGAGUUGAAAGAAGCUGAGAAAGAGCUCCAUGAAAAAUUUGACCACCUUAAAAGAACUCACCAAGAGGAGAAAAAGAAGUUGGAAGACAAGAAAAAGGAGAUUGAGGAAGAAGUAAACAUGUUCCAGAAGAAGAAGGCGGCAACACAACUUCUUCAGUCCCAAGCCCAGCAAGCUGGAUCCCAGCAAACCAAGAAAGACAAGGACAAGAAAAAUGCAAGCUUCACAUAAAGUGUGCCGAGCCAAGGAUGUCCCAGCAUUCACCUGCUUUUUGCAGUAAUGUGUCCCUGCCAUUUGUGUUCCUCAACACAGAUCACUAAUUACUCAUUUAACGCAUCAUGUUUGGCUGCCCGUGGGGGAGACUGCGUGCACUCGGACUUUUAAUUUUGUUGCUGGGAAGCGAAUGUUGCCGAGCCUGGCCUGCUCCGAAUGGCAGGAAUGCGUGCCUAUCACAAUCAUAAUUGUGCUCCUGCUGGCUAAAAUCUAAUUCUUGAAGACCUUGCCUGCAUGUAUUUAUAAUGGACCGAUCACUGACAUGGACAUCACACAAUGGUUACAUGUAGUCACAUGACUAGUGAGCAGUAUGCACAUGGCUACCGCUUAUAGCAUAUUCUUUAGUGCGGCAAAAUUUCCGAAGUAUUGACAAGAAAACAAAGAUAACUAGAUUAUGUAUUUUCAUUUUAAAUUUCUUGAAGGAUCAGAAUUUAAUUUGUCUCAAUAAACCUUUUGUAUGUCUCAAAUAAAGUUCUGACCAUUCCCCUCGGAUACCAGUGUGAACCAUUCCACUCUGCUUUGCACAUCUGAUUUACAGAAACCUCUUUGACAUCUCCACCAUAGAAAAUGCUUCACACUGAUUGAAAGGCCAGAUGGGGAAUGGCAGUCAAAUGCAAAGAAAUGAAUGCUGCUAUCCGACCGACAAGUCACAAUGAAGAACACAGUUGCUAGUUAAUAAACUUAGUUUCUAUGUAUUAAAUCUUUUAUGAAAAUGCUAUGGCGGCAGUAAAGCUUAUUGCCACAGCUUGCUACCUUUGGAUUCCUUCUGAGCCUCUGACUUGAUUGAGGGGCUCUCUUGUUUGGCAAGGCACCUGGCUUACAAAGCAACAAGACCCUUCCUGUUUGUCCAAGUAUUACCUAGUUGUGAUAGUUAUCACUUACGUAUCAGUCACCUUUUAUACAUUUACUUCAGAGAGCAGAUUCCUGUAUGUAUGUAUGUGUGUGAAGGAACUCCUUGACCCCGCACAUUCCUGUUCUUUUCCCACAAGUAAGCUUUCAGCCCUGACAUCCAAAACCCAUCGUGUGUUGGCAUACAUGGUAAGAUAACUGACUAAACUUCUUUGUGUCUUGUAUUCUUUUUCUAUGCGGUUCCUUCCCGGACAGCAGCUUUUCCUUUAUGAUACAUUCCAAGAAGUGGCGACCAAUGUUUACCUUUUGACUUCAGGAUUUCUUUCACUCCUGAUGCUGUUUUACCUGAUCCCUCUCUGCUCAUAGCUAGGUAGCCUCUCUAUUUCUUGUUUGCAAGCUUGCCUGGGUCUCGGCCUGCCUAAUACUGCACCCCCCACUAUGCCUGCAGCUCACUUGGCAGAAUGCAUCCAAUGUGCAUCUUUUAUGCUUGAUAUUGCCUUGAUGGUGCCUAGUGAGUAUUUUUGCACUGCCUAAACAUGGCUCUGGGUGGUGUUUAUUAUAGGAAGGACCACUAUGCAAGCAGCACCAGGCAGAGACUUUGGGGUUCACGGGUAUAGUGAUGGUUAGGGCUUUAGGUGACAAAUCAGAAACCAGUUUCCUUCCCAUUAGUUAUGUCUGGUCACUCAUGCUCAGGCUCUUCAUGUUCUGUGUUGUGAGUUUACUUGCUGUGCCCUUUUUAUAUGUUUACUAAUACGUGUGCCCAGAUUUGUGCCCACCUCAGUACCAUUUUUGUAGUAUUUUUUGUAUUCGUUAAAAAAAAUUGACUAGUCUCAGGAAUUUGAACCAAAGCUGCAUUUUGUUUCCUGCCUUUUUCAAUGAUUUAGCAUGUGACAAGGCUGGGAAACGCUAAAUGAGGGGAACAAUCUGAACCAAAACCACAGCAUUACAUUGUAUGAGUAGUGCUUGCUGUACACUAUAUGGCAAUAUAGUCACUUUUUUUUGUGGGGGGGGGGGGGGGGGGGGUUUGAUAUAGUUUUUCUAUUAAUUAAAAAAUGGUGUCUUUUACCAACCUUAAAUCUCUGACAUAUCCCUGGGCCAUGUUUAGCACAAUACCGCUGCACCUGUAUGUCUUUCUUUCUGUGUCUAUACUUUUUCCACAGUAGUCCUUGGCUGUGCACGGAGUAAGUGGCUUCCUUCCAAUCUAUUUGGAUGUGCUUCCCCUGCCCGCUUGUAAGUAUAUCAGAGAUCUGGAUUUCUAAUCUGGGUGAAUGCAGUAGAUUGUAAUUUUGUUUGAAAAAACAUAAAGUGCUGUAAUGUCAAUUUUAGUUUUUUUGUUACUGUACAUCAAUCAUGCAGCCUGAAAGAGGACAGAGAAAGAAGGGACAGUAAUAUUUUUUUUUCUAGUAUUUUAUUAGUCCCCUUCAAUAACUGUUUUUUUGUAUGUUUUUUACUAUACAAAAAAUUUUUUUUUUAAAUCACUUAGGUAUAGAGCUCCCAAAAUACAUUAAAUGUAUUCAAUUCCCAAUGAGAAGCUGCAGAAUAACUUGCUGUCAUAAUAAUGUGUGUUGCAGACUUGUGCUUAAGUUUAAAAAGAAAAAAGAAAAAAACUUAUUCUGCACUCAAUACCCCAUAAUGUAAUGUCAGAAAUCUUUGCUAAUUUAUGGAAAAGAAAAAAAACUAACAUUUUGCAUGGACAUAAGUAUUCAGACCCCCUUUUUUCAUAAAAAUGCAGAGUACGUAUUUCUAUAAUGUUGCACAAAGAAAUCUAUUCAUAUCCUUGUUAAAAAAACAUUCUUCAUAGUAGCAUAUAUUGCCCAGAGAUACAUUAUAACAAUAAAAUGGUUUCAGGGCUCUCCAGAGAUGUUUGAUUGGGUUCAAGUUAGGACUCUGGCUGGGACACUCAAGGACAUUCACAGAGAGGUCACUAAGCCCCUCCUGUGUUGUCUUGGCUGUGUGGUUAGGGUCAUUGUUUUGUUGGAAGGUGAACCUUUUGCAAAGUUUAAGUUCCAGAGCACACUGGAUCAGGUUUUUACUAAAGAAUAUCUCUAUACUUUGCUUUGUUUCAUCACCCUAACCAGUCUCCUUGUCCCAGUCGCUAAAAAGCUCUACAGCAUUGUGCUUCCACCACCAUGCUUCACCAUGGUGCCUGGUUUCAUCCAGUCAUGACGCUUAGAAUUAAGAUCAAAAGCAUCCAUCUUGAUUUCAUCAUACCAAAGAAUCUUUUUUCUCCUAGUCUGAGAGUCUUCUAGGUGCUUUUUUGCAAACUUCAGCUGGGCUUUCAUAUGUCUUUUUACUGAGCAGAUCCUUCUUUCUGACCACUCUGCCAUAAAGCCCAGAUUAUGCAGUGUUGCAGUGAUGGUUGGCCUUAUGGAAGUUUCUCCUAUCUGCACACUGGAUAUCUGGAGCUUUGCCAGGGUGAACAUUGGGUUGUUGGUUACCUCUCUUUCCAUGGCCAUUCUUCCCUGAUUACUUAGUUCGGUUGGGUGGCUAGCUUUAGGAAGAGUUGUUCCAAACUUCUUCCAUUUAAUAAUUAUAGAGACCACUGUGCUCUUGGGGGUCUUUCAAUGAAGUAGAAAUCUUUUAUACCCUUCACUAUAUCUGUGCCUGUGCACAAACCUGUCUCUGAGCACUACAUGCAGUUUUUUACCACAUCAUGACUUUCCACCUCAACUGAAUUUACCACCGGUGACUCCAGUCAAAGUGUAGAAACAUCUCAAAGAUGAUCAAGUGAAAAGGUAGGCCUCCAGAGUAAGUGUCUUAGCAGAGGGUCUGAAUACAUGUACAACAUUUUAGUUUUUCCUUUUUUAGUAAAUUUGCAAACCUUUUGUAAAAUUCUCAUUAUGUGGUUUAAAGUGCAGAAUGAUGAGAAAACUUGAGAAUUUAAAUUAAAAAAAAUUUAUCACAUGGCUUCAACAUAACAAAUUGUAAAAAAGAGCGAAAGGCUCUGAAGUCUUUUUGAAUACAUUGUACACAUGAAAUGUUUAUCCUUUGUCAUAGUCCCUAACAAGCCAGUUCUGUUUACUGUUCAGUAUUACCAAAAGCCCCGGCAUAGAUUUAAGCCUUGCAUCAUAAUUGCUAUAUAUAGGCCCUAUGUACAUAAGGUAGAUGUCCAUAUAUGCAAGCCAAUUCCCCAAACCUCUGGUCCUACUCCUUUUGAUAGGAUUGGUGACUCCUAAACUAACACAAUAUGCCAGACACUUGAAACUGCAUUUAACAUAAUAUAAUGAAAAGUUCCAAGACGCAAAAGGUUAUAUUGACAUUUACUAUUUAACCUACAAUGCCAUUGUAAAGCCGCAUGCCGACAUUACAUUUAUUCUGUAUUCCAUAUCUCCACACCUUCCUGCAUUGUUUUGGCUCCCCCAUGCAACUCUGCUUGCUUUUGCCUUGCUCCUCAUACCUACUUCCCACUGCAAUGGGAGCAAAUUCAUGGGUCGUCACAUUUUUCUUUAUUGUAAAGAUACGUGUAUUUUCUUUACCGCAUCUUGUUUGUUUGCAGUGCAUUUGGAUUAAUAGGGUGUAUGCCAUCUGGAAAACUUGUGGAUGCAGUUUAAAGCUCACUGUUACUUUUUUUUUUAUCCUGAACAUAAAGCUGUGAACAGCAUUAGGAAUAAUGUAAUGUUAUACUUUAAUUUUUAUAUAUAAAAAUAUACCAUUUGCCUUAAAUUGUAGCUUAGAAGUUUAAAUACCAAUGUUGUUGAAAAUGUCUUUUUUUUCUGUUAUGAAUCUUUUUUUUUUUACUUGCAUCCAGUGUUAAUGCAGUAUUUUACAAUUGAUGCAUAAUGUAGGCACUUGUUAUGUAUUUGAAUUUUUAAUGGCGUUUGAACAUUUUGUGUAUAAACUAUAUAACUUUUUAAAUACCAUUUUGUAUGUUAGACAGAGGACAUAAAAAUGUUGCCAGCACAUAAAAAUAUAUACUUUUACCCCACCUUGAGAUGUGUUUGUCCUUUUUUAUGGUUCUUUUAUAUUAUACAGUAUAGAAAUUUCUACAAGGAACAAGUAGGUUAAAGGAGUACUCCGAAGCAAAUCUUUUCUGGGGCAAAAGAAGUAUCAAGCAAAGUUAUAUAACAUUCUAAUAUACUUGUGCUUUCCAUAUGGCCCCUUUCCCGGUCUUCUCCUGCAUUUUUCCGCUGCCCGGAAGCUGGGUCCUUUACCUGCAUUUGAUGACGCUCGACCGCUUAUUCCGAGCGCUUCAUCGGCAACUUAGCCCGGUGACUCAUACCUCCCAUGAGUCAUUGCGGGCUCUGCCGGCCUCCCAGCCCGGAGUCGGCUACUCCGCCCUCACUAAUAUAUUCAUAUAUGCGCUGAGCUGAGCUGCCAUAGGCUCAGCUCAGCAAACGCGGAGGGGGCGUGAUUUAUUAUAAUUUCUGGAGGGGGCCGAGCAGGGGAGAUACAGGCCGGAUGUGACGAGCGGGCAUGCUGGGAGAUGUAGUUUUUACAGCGCGGGCCGGGCACAUAAUGCGAAAAUGGCUGGGCCCUUCUACACGAUUGAGGGCUCCAUCAAAAGGUAUUUUAAUGGGCUACAUUAUGGCAUAAAUUUUUUUGGGGGGGAGGCUGCAUCGGAGUUUUCCUUUAACAUUACAGCACAUAAGAACUGUUAUCCAAAAAAACUGAAGAAAACGCUUAUUAAUGAAAAACAUUUUCUUGUUAAUUUGUAGUUAAUAGAAAUAAUAAUAAAAAUAAUCAUUAUUUUAUUUAAUAACUGUUUAGCCACAUUGCCAUGAGAUUUAUUUAUUUUAGUUUUUUUUGUGUGCUGCUCAAAUAAGCAGAAAUGUUCUCUUGAGACUAAAGCUUUAAAGGGUACCUAAUAUUAAAACUUAUGACAUUUCAAAAGUUUUCAUCAGUGGGGUCUGGGUUCUGUGACCCCUAACAAUCACAAAAACGAAUGUGCAGCAGCCCAUACCUGAGUGCUGUGCACAUUUGUGUCUGCUAGGCACUGCUUGGCUUUGCUCAAAGUGGUAUACUGAUUAUACUGAUUGACAUAUAAAUUCUAGACUGCAUUUACAAACAGCGUUUUUCUGUCAUUUAAAUUAAAAAAUGCUGGUUAUUCAAAUGUUUUUUCCCCAUGUAUUCUAGAGGAAGUCUUAGGCCAGGUUCACCCAGCUAAAAUAAUGUGUGUAUAUUUUAUAUACGCUUGCAUUUUUAGCCGUUAAAUUUCCACCUAUUAUGGCCUAAGGAAAUAAUUCCACCAUUGCAAGGAAUUGUGUUUUUUUUCUUUAGUGGAUAAAUGCUGAGGCCUCUCUAGUGUUUUAUGUUUCGUAGCUCUGAUCUUGACAGAAGAAAUCUUGUAGACUUAAGGUGAAUCACAAGCCUUUUAGUUGUGUGACUACAUUAAUAAACCAAGCACUCAAAAUUAUACCAUGUAUUACACCUGUAUAGAAUUACUUUUACACAUCUUAUAAAAUCUGGGCCAUCUGUUAAAGGGGUACUCUGCUGGAAAUGUUUUUUUAUUUUUAUUUUUUUUAUUAUCUACUGAUGCCAGAAAGUUAAACAUA